CACAAAAUCGAAACUUUCAGCGGAAUUGAAACUUAUUCUUGUGUAUCAUCUGUCACAGCUUCUCACAGCUUCACGCAACGCAAACAUUCCUUGUAUGAUGGCUUACCCUCAACACACGCCGUUUUAUAAUCCGAGAAUUCCCUUCACUGGUUCCAUCAGUGGUGGUCUACAGGAGGGCAAAUCCAUCACCAUUAGUGGAUGGGUCCAACCUGGAGCUGACAGGUUCCAUGUGAAUUUACAGUGUGGCUCCAGCGCAAAUGCAGACAUUGCGCUCCAUUUCAACCCACGGUAUGACAGUCAUCCGUGCUAUGUUGUUACCAAUACCUUCCAGCAUGGCCAUUGGGGGAAAGAAGAAAGGAAGCAAAACGCGCCUUUACCCACUGGCUCUGCCUUCAACCUGCUGAUCACAGUCACCAGGGACUCCUACCAGCUGAACGUCAACGGCGCUCACUUUAUGGAGUAUAGACACCGUAUUCCAUUUUACCAAGUGGAUACCAUCUCCAUUGGUGGAAAAGUCGACAUUUCCUCCAUUACCUUCAUUAAUUCGAUGCCGGCAUUUCCUGCUCAGCCCGGUUUUCCCUCACAGGGAAUGUGUCCAAACCAGCCAGGAUUCUCACCUUUUCCAGGAUUUCCCCCACAGCCUGGAUUCCCCUCACAACCAGGAUUCCCCUCACAACCAGGAUUCCCCUCACAACCAGGAUUCCCCUCACAACCAGGAUUGGCUCCCGCAAUCUAUACUGUUCCAUACAAGGCAUUCAUCAGUGGAGGAUUUAGGGCUGGUAGGACCAUUACCAUCCAAGGAACUGUUCACCCCAAUGCCACAAGAUUCAAUGUCAAUCUGAACCAUCCCGCUGGCAUUGCUCUACAUUAUAAUCCACGUUUCAACGAGAACGUCGUGGUUCGCAACACCAAGCAGGGGGAGAAAUGGGGCUCAGAGGAACGUGGUGGCGCAAUGCCCUUUCACAAGGGACAGUCUUUCACGCUGACCAUCUGUUGUGAGAAUCACUCCUUCAGGAUCGUGGCAAAUGGAAUGCAAGCUCACACCUACAGGCACCGUUUCACUCACCUGCAACACAUUUCAGAGCUGGAGAUCAAUGGCGACAUCAGCAUCACCUCGGUGAAUGUUUAGAGAUUCAGGAAGGGCAGUCCCACGUACUAUGUGAUGGCCUCAACUAUCAUAUAUUUUCUCAUUUAUUAUUUUCAAAUGCACACAAUUAACAUAUAUUCAGAUUAAUGACUGUGCUGUAUCAUGACACUCAGCUAAAAACAAUCUUGGCUGAAAAACAAGAAGUUCACUGAACUCUGUUUACAUGUCUGACUGGAUGAAACUAUAAAAGUAACAAAAGAAUCAAAAUUUGAUAUGUCAGUCCUUUCACUGUGAAUCUAAGUCACUGUGGGAAGUUGACUCUGGCAUAUCAUUUUCCAGUGGGUUUUUUUCCAUUUGUACAAUCAUUCUUCAUUUGUGACCAUUUUAAAUAAAGUUUGGUGUGUUUCAGUUCUUCU